UACUAUGGCCAACUGAAUCUCGAAUUCUAUAUCACCGAUAGAUAUUGAGUAUGCUGAGUGCACGAUGCACCGCCUCAGUAUGAUUGAUUUUUCCCAAUUAUAAUUUGACUUCAAUGAAGCUGGUGCAGGGUGCACCCAAUUCCUUCUCCUAUGUCACAGCCAACUCAACGUCGGAAGAAAUUUAGGAAGUUGCAAAGAUUACAUUCUCACUUUUGGAACACGGCUUUUUGGGAAUCUCCAUUUCAGUGCGUCACGCUUCGCAUCUCUUACACUUGCCAACUCAUUCAAUUCGCAAAUUCACACACUCUCUCACACGCACACCUCCUCCUCCUCUUCCUCGUGAUUGGAGUAAAAGUCUCAGUUAUAUGGGCCAUUCCUUCAGCAAUUGCUCUUCUUCGCACCAACCAUGGUGUUUAUCCAAUAAUCGAACCAGAUUAGGGUUUAUUCGGGGACGAACUUGAAUUUCAGAAUUAGAGUCUCACAACUUGUUCUGAUAAUGGAGGUUGUUGGACUUGUUGAGUUGUUGAGAGCGGCAUGGAUCGCCGGGACUUUGCCCAUUCUCAUCGCUUCAAUCCCUUCGUCGCGGCUGAGGUCCUUUCAUAAUCUUUUGUUAGAGUUUGCCAGGAGAGGGAAGAUAAAUCAAUCAUCCUCACAAAAAUUCACUGUUCCUCAGAGAUUUUUCUGUCAUUUUUAUGUGGUGGCUGUGGCAUGGACAACAUUCUUGCUUGUUGCAACUUGGUUUUAUGCAUAUAGAAUGGCACCAAUGGUCUCAGAGCCAUUGCUUUAUUCUACAAUUACCACCCACUUGACAGGAGGUUCAAAUAUUUUUUCCUCGCAUAGAUCUCACACCACAAAUGUAAGACAAAGAUACAUGGUUUGGCAAUCUGUAUUUCUGCUUUUGUUGAUGGAAGCUCAAGUCUUGAGGCGCCUUUAUGAGUCAAUAUAUGUAUUUCAGUACAGUCCCUCCGCUCGGAUGCACAUUUUUGGCUAUCUUACUGGCCUAUUUUUCUAUACAGCAGCUCCGCUGUCACUCUGCUGUACUUUUGCACCAGAGGGGUUUAAAUUUGUGGCAGAUGAGGUGGCUGAGUAUAUUGUUAAAGGAAAGAAUCAGAUGCAAGUCACUGAAUUUGAUUCGUGGGAAUUUGUCAAUCUGCUUUUAAAGCUUAGCUGGUACUCGUGGAUAGGUGCGGCUAUAUUUUCUUGGGGUUGGUUUCAUCAACGCGAGUGCCAUGCAAUUCUUGGCUCAUUGCGAGAGAGCACUGAACAAGUCGAUGAUUAUGUAAUUCCUCAUGGUGACUGGUUCGAAUAUGUUUCGUCUCCUCACUACCUGGCUGAGAUUGUGAUAUAUGCUGGUCUUGUGGUUGCUAGUGGUGGUGCAGACAUCACAAUCUGGUUACUUUUUGGAUUUGUGGUUGCAAAUCUUGUACUUGCAGCAGCAGAAACACAGAGGUGGUAUCUCCGUAAAUUUGACAACUAUCCCAGCAACCGACUCACCAUCAUUCCAUUUGUAUAUUAAUGCUUAUCGCACAGAAGAGGUAUCUUCCAAGUCGGACAAUUUUCAUAGCAGCUGGUUCAUUGCUGCUCCUUAUAUUGCUGCUCCUUGUAAUUAUUUACUGUAUCUUAUUGAUAUGUUUGUAUAUACUGUGUAUUCCUGUAAUAACCACCACGCAAUUCAGUAAAACUAGAAGCUCAUAUGUCUUUGGCCUUGUAAAAUCUUGAUUGGAAUUGCUGUGGUUUGGUUUCCAUUGUAUCAAGUUCAAGGAAAGGGGUGGUUACUAUCUGAUUAGAA